CGACUACUAAAGGUGAAUGGAACCAGAAACAGUGGCAAUCAAUUAAAAAAUUUUAAUAAAAAAUUUUAAAAACAAAAUGUUCAAAAGACAUUGUGCAUCACUUUUAUUAGUGAUUAGUGUGCUAAAUUUCCUGUUAGAUGUAAAUGCCGCUGCUGUAUCGCACAUUGCCUUCAUGAAAGAUGCCAAUUUCAAGCCGAAGUGUCCUUUAGCUGUGGAAACAGAUCCGUUACAAAAGCCCCUGGUAUUACUGCGUUUGUCACAAUCCUCAUUGGACUCUACAAAUGUGGAAUUAGCGGAGAAAGAAGCGGAUAUGGAUGUGGACGAAGAAAACGAAGAUGAAAUUGAAGAAGAGCCUCAUCCAAAUGGUUACACACUUGUUGAGCUCAACAAAGCGCAGUUGCAAAAACUCAUUACCAGCAGCAAACUACAGUUAGUGGAGAAGCCGGAUACAAGCUCAUACAUAGGAAUGAGACAGGUGCACAAUGAGGAUGCGGACGAUUGGGAUGACGAUGAACGCUCGAAAAAACGUCCCUGGCGUAAAAUUCAACGUAUUAUACGUCGGCAGCUUAUAAAGAAACCGAAGCGAUAUUUCAAAAAAAUUGCUCAUCAAAUUGGUUAAAUCAUAAGAAAGCAAGUGAAUAUUUGGAUGAAAUAAAAUGA